AUAUAUGGGGUUUGUCUUUCUAUUUUUUUCACUCUUUUCUUCAUUUCAUUUUCAGUUAUUAAUUGAAUUUGUCUGUAGUAGACCACCCCAUAUGUUAUUGUUAGAAAAAGGAUAUACAUCCUUCAAUAAAUGCUGGUUUCUUUUUAUUAUAUACAUAUAAAUGUACAGUAUUUAUUCCUUAUAUGAAUGAAGCUAGAGUUCACUCUUUGAAUUCAUUAAAGUCCUUUCCCUUUUCUUUGUGAUCUUUUCAGUUUCUGUAUUCAAUUUGAAUAUUGAGAAAGAUAUGGAAACUAAACAGUCUCUCUCAAUUGAGAGUUUUUCGUAUAGUUGGUUAGUAGAUUUGGGGGAUUCUUUCAGAGCUUCUAUGGAUGCAUCUGCUGAUGAUUAUGAAACCGCUUUUAUUGAGAUGGAUCCUACACUACCUCCUUCAAAGAGGUUUUUUAAUGUGAAUCCACAGGAUUUGAACUUUGAUUUUCCUACUUCUGAAUCUCCUUUAACUCUUGUUCAUGCUGAUGAACUCAUCUCAAACGGCUUCUUGAUGCCUCUGUUCAUCAAGAAGCCGAUGAAGAUGGAGUCGGAUUACCAAGUAAUUGAAUCCGACUCCAUCGCGAAUUCUCCGGUAUCUUCUGCUGCACAGCAGAAGGAAGAACGUAGCUCCUCCUCCUCCUGCAGGAGGGUGAAUCGUUGUGUAUCGUUGAGGAGAUGCCGGAGUUUGUCGAGACGAAUUUUGGUGAAGUAUUUGGAUUUUCUUAGGCCUUUUUGCCAGAAAAUAAGAUGUAGUAGAAUUGGUAGGUGCAGAUCAAGUAGUGGAAAGGAAGUGAUGAAGAAGUGGGAAUAUUGUUCAGCAGCAACAUCUCCAAGGACAAGUGUAGCUUAUUCUGUUGAUAAUUGGCGCAGAUCUUGUGAUUCUGAAAGCUCUAUUUAUGAAGCUGUUCUACAUUGCAAAAGAACAAUUAAUGGUAAAUAGAGAAAAUGAUUAGUAAAUUAAUGGGAUGAGAGGUCUGAAGAAGUUCACAUGUCACUGAAUACAAUAAUUGUCACUUUGUAUAGCUCUUUCUCUUCUUCAAGAAUGGGAUUGUGAAUUUUUUUGUCUUCUUGAAAGAAGUGGAAAAAGCUCCAAGGAAAAUUGUUUGAGCCAUGAGAAAAAUAUUCUUGGAAUUUUUGAAGAUUACCAUAUAUCUUCAUGAUGACUCAUAUUUUUUUUUGUCUCCUUUUUUAUCUCUCUCCACCCUAUAGAGGAAGAGCACAAUUCCAACUGGGAAAUUAUCAUGCUUUUUAUGAUUUGUAUAAAGUUUUAUUGGAACAAUAAUAUUUCAGAAUUACUAUAUUGUAUCAUCA